GAGCAAGAACAGCCCACGUCACUUUUGCUGCAGCCAGGUCCCACAUCUGUCCACAAAAGGCCAAUCCCCCUCGGCAGAAGCGCAACCGCGCAACGCAAAUCAGCGAUCGCAUCGCACUCGCACCACACUCAGAGUCAGGGUCACAGCCUCACAGGCCAGAUCCCCGCGGCGGCCAUGGCCGAGAACUUCCAGCUCCAGAGCCGGCACGGCAAGUCCCGCGUCCGCGUCUCCCGCGUCUGGCGCCGCCCGGCCGCGGCGGGGGGCCACAUCAUCGUCGAGUGGAACGUCGCCGUCAGUAUCGUCUCCGACUGCCUCCCCUCCUACAUCUCCAGCGACAACUCCGCCAUCGUCGCCACAGAUUCCAUCAAGAACACCGUCUAUGUCAAAGCGAAGGAGUGCACGGAAGUGGUGUCCAUGGAGGAAUUCGCCGUUAUUCUUGGAAGGCAUUUCACCUCGUUGUACCCUCAGGUUUCAGAGGCCACGGUGACUAUCGUGGAGCGCCCAUGGGACCGUGUCACUGUCGACGGAAAGCCUCAUUCGCAUGGGUUCAAAGUUGGUGUUGAGAAGCACAGCACAGAGGUCAUUGUCAAAAAAUCUGGAAGCCUGCUUAUAAAUUCUGGAAUCCAAGGGUACUCGCUGCUAAAGACAACUCAGUCUGGGUUUGAAGGGUUUGUGACGGAUCGCUAUAGACUUCUUCCUGAUACAAGGGAAAGGAUAGUAGCAACAGAAGUAACUGCUUGGUGGAGGUAUCCUUUUGAACAUGUUUCGCAGCUCCCAUCGAAACCAUUUUGCUUUACACAAAGAUAUCAGGAUGUAAAGAGAGUUCUUACAGAGACGUUCUUUGGUCCUGCUGAUGUUGGUGUGUAUAGUCCAUCUGUACAGAAUACGCUAUACCUCAUGGCCAAAGAAGUUCUUACAAGGUUCCCAGAUAUAUCGUCAGUUCAGCUUAGAAUGCCGAACCUUCACUUUCUGCCUGUCAACUUGGGGAGCAAAGAAACUCCGUUGGUGAAGUUUGCUGAUGAUGUGUACCUGCCGACCGAUGAACCACACGGUACCAUUGAAGCAACUUUGAGCCGUCCCAUGUCAAAACUGUAAGAAUGUAGUCAUCAGGCUGGUAGCCUGGUAUGAGACUCCUGUUUCGUCUCCCCAGCAUUCCCAGGCCAAAAUGAACAAUAAGCUGUAAGGAAAAGAUAAACUAUCAUAAGUCAUAACCCCGAUGCUAUAUGUGGGGGUAAUAAGUGGACAGUCUUGUGUUGGAUGUUGUCAGCUGUAGGCGUCCAGCUUGUGAGUUGUGACGUUUCGCCACUGUAAAUGUGUACAUUGCUUGUCUUGUAUGGAAACCUGUUAACAUCUUUGAAAGCUUGCUCAAUUUUGCUU